AUCUACCCACAGCUGUUCGCUUAAAAGCGCCCCGAUGCUCCUAUGUGUUCAUGGUGUACAUUAUGUACAUUACCCGGGGAUGUCUCUCGUGUGCAGCCGUGGAUUAUCAUCACAGUCGUGGUGAUGGUUCAAGGUAUUUAGAAACGAUUCAAUGCAUAGUAGUAGCCACCAUGAGUUGUAUUGCCUAAUCUUUUUUAUUAAAAACGAAAGCUUAUUAUUCAGCAGAGAGAGAGGCUAGAUAUGUGAACCAGCUGGACGUGUCCCCUAGACACCAUAGACGUAUAUAUGUGUGUGGCUUGAAACAUGUAAAGCUCCAUAAUGAAUGAGUCCACCAUUUUGAAGGAUGUGCCCCAUUGCCUUUCUCUAGUAUACGGUCCAAAUAGUAUUAUAUUUAAGGUUGGCUAAUAAGGACAUCGGGUAAUACCGGACGAUCGGGUGGCAUCCAUUCAUUUCAAGAGGACUUUCCAGUCGACGUUGCAGCAGUCAGAAACGUGUGCGUGUGUGUGUGUGUGUGUGUGUGUGUGUGUGUGUGUGUGUGUGUGUGUGUGUUUCAUAAUUCCACUCCCUCCCGUUUUGGGAAAUUGAAGUUGACUCAAAUGCAAACGAGAGGGAGAAAAAAAGCAAAUUUCCGGGUCAGUAGUAAGAGACUGCGUUGUUUAUGACCUUAUAUCUUGCGUCGAUCUGUUGACCACCCAGUAGUCCCACACUGAGCCAACUGGCUGAGCUGUCAUCACGGCAGGUGACUGUGUCGCGUGAUUGAGCAUCUCUGCGCAGCUACGCUUGCCGUAACGACCGGGGGACGGAUGUGGAGACCGAGGGACGGUCCGACGGACCGGGGAAGGAUCCUAGUGACCGGGGGACAGGGGGAGAGCCAUAGAGACGGGGGGACGGUCCUAGAGACCGGGGGUCGGCCCUAGAGACGGGGGGACGGUCCUAGAGAUUGGCUGACGGCCAUACAUAGAGACCGCUUUAGACAGUGGGCUAUGCGCGGGACGUUCACUGAGCAGUAAUGUGGGGCAAAGGUUCGAUAUGAGCGGUCGUGUCUGAGCGGAUCGUGUCGUGGAGGACCAGAGAGCAGCCAUGUUGACACUGCCGCUUCGAACGCCACCGCUGUCGUCCUGUCUUCACCCCUCACCUCGCCUCACCUCCCUGCCCACCUAACUUCCCCCCCCGGAGCCUCCUGGUGGGAGGCACGGCUCCUCCUCCUCCUCCUCCUCCUCCUCCUCGGGACCUACAGAAGAGGUCCUCUGCUUUCCAGGACCAUGUCUCCCCCACGCUACCUACCUCACCACGUCCUAUCACUGCUCUUCCUCUGGGCCCUACACCCGCCCACAGAAGUCUCGGCUAACCUCUGCAGGGUGACGGGAGGCGUCCUGGGCAUGCACUGGAGCAGCGUCCUGGGCCUGGGCUGGAGGCCCCUGGCCCGGGGGAACGCUGGCGCCACCUGCUGGCAGUCCUGCUGCCUGUCGCCCAGCUGCGGCGCGGUGUGGAGCCUGGGGGGCCACUGCGUCCAGCUCAGCUGCUCCAGGGACCGGGGCUGCGCCAUCGUCUCCCUGCCCCAGCCCCACCAGGAGUCCCUGGGCCUGCUGCAGAUGCUGGACAAGGGCCCGGUGAUCCAGAAGCGAUCCGUGAGGCAGCGCCGGGCACACAGAACUCAUCCCCAUGUCAACACGAGGGCCACCACGCUGGCCGCCCCGGAGCCCCCCCCCGCCGUCGCUCUCCCUCCCACCAGCCCCAAGAGCAGCAGCAGCAGCAGCCUCGGCCAGUCGGCCAAUGGGAGCACAGAAGCCGCACCGCCGCCCGUACGCACCCAGGCCCCGCCGGCGUCGACGGGGCCGUCCGCCGAGGUCGCCGCGGCCUCCAACGCCACGGAGGGCGCGGAGGAGGACGUUGCCACGGUUACGGCGGCGCUGACCAACCCGACGGCGGCAGUGAGGGAGCUGGCGGUGUCGGCGGGGCAGAGCGUGGAGGUCAUCCUGCCCAACAACGAGGUGGAGCUGAACGCCUUCGUGGUCCCGGCCGCCAAGACCGGGUCCAAGUAUUUGUUUGACUGGCAUCUCAUCACCCACCCAAAGGACUCCAGUGGAGAGAUGGAGGGGAAGUUCAACAAGACGCUGAAGCUGAGCAGGCUGACGGUCGGCCUGUAUGAGUUUGAGGUGAUCGUGGACGGAGACGGCGCCCGCGGCGAGGGCUACGUCAACGUCACGGUCAAACCAGAGCCCCGCGUCAACAAGCCUCCCGUCGCCGUGGUUUCCCCCACCUUCCAGGAGAUCACCUUGCCGACCAGCUCAACGGUGAUCGAUGGCAGCCAGAGCUCUGAUGACGACAAACUGGUGGCGUGGCGCUGGGAGGAGGUCAAAGGUCCCCUGAGGGACGAGAAGGUGACCGGAAACACGCCCAUCCUCACCCUCAGCCGACUGGUCCCCGGGAGCUACACCUUCAUCUUGACGGUGACCGACUCGGACGGAGUACAGAACUCCACCCAGGCCACCCUGCUGGUGAACAAGGCCACAGACUACAAACCAGUGGCCAACGCAGGGCCCAACCAGGUGAUCACGCUGCCCCGUAACUCCGUCACCCUGUACGGCAACGAGAGCACCGACGACCACGAGCCCCUGAACUACGAGUGGUCCCUCAGCCCCCUGAGCAAGGCCAAGGUGGUGGAGAUGCAGGGGGUGCGCACGCCCACCCUGCAGCUGUCCGCCAUGCAGGAGGGGGACUACACCUUCAAGCUGAAGGUGUCCGACUCGUCCGGGCAGCAGGACGUCGCCCUGGUCACCGUCAUCGUCCAGCCAGAGAACAACAAGGCCCCGGUGGCGGCGGCGGGCCCCGAGAAGGAGCUGACGCUGCCCGUGGACCGCACUGUCCUGGACGGCAGCAAGAGCUCCGACGACCAGAAGAUCACCACCUUCCACUGGAAGCAGAGCAGUGGUCCCGACGGGGUGAAGAUAGAGAACGCGGAGGGGGCCAUUGCCACGGUGACGGGCCUCCAGGUGGGCACGUACGGGUUCACCCUGACGGUGACGGACGACCGGGACCUGCAGAGCAGCGACACCGUGUCCGUCAUCGUCCGAGAAGAGCAGGACCUGCCCCCGGUGGCCCACGUCCUGCCCUGCCCCCCGGUGGCGCUGCCGGUGCGCACGGCCGCGCUGGACGGCUCGCGCUCCACCGACGACAAGGGGGGGGUCAGCUACCUGUGGAGCCGCGCCGAGAGCAGCCCCGCGGCCGGGCACGUGUUGAACGGGUCGGACCACCAGCCCGUGCUGUUCCUAGGCAACCUGGUGGAUGGGAAGUACACCUUCACCCUGACGGUGACCGACAGCAAGGGCCAGACCAGCACCGACCGAGGGGUCCUGGAGGUGAAGCCAGACGUGUGGGCGCGUGAGGAGGUGGAGCUGGUGCUGGAGGUGGCCGUCUCCAUGGUGACCCAGCGGCAGCGUGACAUGCUGCUCCGCCAGGUGGGGGUCCUGCUGGGCGUGCUCGACAGCGACAUCAUCGUGCGCGACGUCGGCGCCUUCAACGAGCGCAGUACCCGCCUGGUGUUCCUGGUCUCGGGGGGCCCGGGGCGCCCCCCGCUGUCGGGACACAGCGUGGCCACGGGGUUGCGCAACAAGCUCCGCAAGCAGAAGACCGAGUUCCUCAUCUUCAAGGCCCACCGGGUGGACACCGUCAUCUGCCAGCUGAACUGCUCGGGUCACGGGGCGUGCGAUGCCUUCACGAGGAGCUGUGUGUGUCAGCCCUUCUGGAUGGAGAACUUUGUGCGCACCCAGCUGGGGGACGGCGAGAGCAACUGUGAGUGGAGCGUGCUCUACGUCACCAUAGCCUCCUUCAUGAUCGUGGUUGCUAUAGCAACCAUCACAUGGGGCAUGGUGUGCUGCUGCCGCAGGCGCCGGAGCAGAGUCCGCCGGAGCAAGAGUCGCUACAAGAUGCUGGAGGCGGAGGAGCGGGACGGCCUGGAGCUGCAGCCCGGACGAGCAACUCGUCUGAAGGCGGUGCCGCCGCCCACCUCCUCCGCCCUCAUGCGCUCCGACUCGGACCUGGACAGCGACGACGGCCAGGGGGGCGUGGCCUGGGCCGACCGGGAGCGGGGCCAGCUGCUGCGGCCGCAGAACGGGACGCUGCGGAACGGCCUGGGGCCCGCACGGGGCAAGAAGCCACAGAGGGAGGAGCUGCUAUAGCAGGCCGGGGGUGCGCACGUGAGAGCGCACGUGAGAGCGCAGCUCUCUCUCCAAAAGCAUGUUCUUCCAACUCUCAACCUUCCAGUCCUUGUCUCCCCCUUUCUCUCUCUCCCUCUCCCCCUCCCCCUCUCUCUCUCUCGUUUUCUACACACAGACCCGCCCUCCCUUGCCCACGUGGAGACUGUAUUUAUUGCGGAAAUAGAGCGAGAGAGAGCGAGAGAGGGAGGGGGGGAGGAACGGCAACAUGCUGGAUCCAUGUUGAGCCUCCUGGCCUCCCAGUGUGUCGACGGGGCGCCCCCUAGUGUCCAGGCCUCACCUCGCACCACUGAGCCAUUGCUGAGGAACACGCCUGACGAGAUCAGGGAGAAACCGAGACUUUAUAAACUAUUAUUGAUGACGUAGAGAUCAUUAGGACACUGAGAAUGUAGUGACACCUCUCCUCCCAGGGGGAAAAGAGCGGGGAAACUGAGCUCUUUAGAGAAAGUAUUUUGGGGGGGGGGAAAAUAAUGGAGAGAGGAGGAGAGGCCUACUUGACACGUUCACGCCCGCACUCUCGAGGACUCACGUGCACGCUCACGCACGUACUCCGGAGGCUUCACGUCCACGCUCACACCCGCAAUCUGGUGGCUUCACGUGCACGCUGACCGUCAGGCCAAGGGUAGGUGCUACCAAACACUGCCCAGACGAAUCCACCAACCGGUGGGGGUGCCGAUACAGUCGAGUGAAGGAAAAACGUGAUUUAAAAACAAAAUGCAACGAAAAAAACAACCAAAAUGGGAGCCACAAAAUGUCACCUCGCUACACACAAACCAACGCCAAACUGUAUGAAUGUGCAUGUGGUGCGACCGCCUGUUUGGUGUUUUUGGUACACCUUGAAAGAGAACACCGCAGACCGCAUGGGGUCCUGAGUAUGUGGGCCCAACCACGUUGUGGUGGCCGGCCGUGCUAUAGGAACGAUUUGAACCUCGAAACCACUGUGUCACAUGACGUUGUGUCACACGACGUCACCACGUCUCACUCAUCGUCAACAUCGUCAACCAAAAGGCAUUAUGGGAAUUGUAUUUAUUCCCUUUUGUUUGUUGGUUGAUUUUAAUCACUGGACUGCCAGAGUGGAGCCCCCCCCCCCCCCCCCCCCCCCCCCCCCCACUGCGACCCCACAGAAGAGCCCUGCAGGGGGGGGCAGGGAGCAGGUGAACGAGGGUCUGUCUCCUCACAUUCCCUGAGACCCCGAUGAAGCUGGAGCCGUCGAGAAGACCACUGUUUCGUUUUGCCAUUGGUUUGUUUUAACGUUGUGUUUUGCGUAGUAUUUUUUUCUUUUUGUUUCAUUUCCGUGUUUAUUUCUGUUCGGCUGUUUUCAUUCCCGCCCAUGCACUUUGUCUUCGGUUGCCGAGCGACGGCUGUAUCGAUCUGUUACCUUCCGUGUUUUCCUGUGUGAUGGAGUCAAUAUCAACUAUGACAAGGUCAAGGUCUCAAAUCUCGUGAAAUAGCUACAUAUAUAUAUUUAUGCACAUAGGCACGCCUUCCCAGAUCAAAAGAUAAACUCAGCCAGAGUCCCUUCGUUAAACUACUGAAGUGUUUGGAGUCAGUUGUUAGAAAGAAGGGGGACCGACCACACCUACCCUGUUACUGAUCAGCCCCGCGCUAACCCAGCCCCCCGCUAACCAAGCCACGCCUCACCUCAUGGCUGUGGAGCCCAGCUAACGCACAGGUUAGAUCAGCCUGGUCACACUGGUGUAUUGUUUUUAUCAAGACAAACUAGUCAGACUAACUAGUCAGAUGACUGGUCAGACUGACUAGUAAAGUCUCCUAGUCAAGAUGUAUAGUCGGAUGACUAGUCAAGACAACUUGUCAAGACGUCUAGUCAGAUGACAUGUCAAGAGGACGAUUAGUCAAACUACGAGUGAAAUGUGUGAUUAGGCUAAUAUAACCUCUGAAUUAGCUGGGAUGAGACAACAGCAGCGUAGAACACGGUAAAACUGUCUAUCCGAUUCAAGAGGAUGUGAAUUUAUGUGUGAAUGGGGAAGCGGGUCUUGUGUCGAAGCUUCUGCUUUUCUUCCUUGUAGUCUGUGGUCGGUUCAUUUAUUUAUAUCCCACACUAUUAGAAGUGACCCAGCUCUACAACGAGUUCGGAAACAGGGUCUUAUAUUGCAGGGGGGCGAGGCCGAAGAAGAGGUGCCCCUGGACUUUUGAUAGGUGAACCCCGUUCUUUAAUAUACCACUUCUCUGCUAACCUCUAGUAUAAGGACAACCGGACACAAAGACUGUGAAACUGGUUCAUGUGAAUGUGCAUCAGCGUUCCUUCUGGUUGUUGAUUGUUGGAAGGGUUCACAACUCCACAGAGCUGUUGUACACCGUUUACAUUCAGCGACCAGUGGUGUUUUUUUGUUUGUUGAUCAGAAAACACCUGUUCCUUGCUACAGAGUUCAUCUCAUGUCUUAUUUGUGUUGCCAAUGUUUCACUAGUUUUAUCCUCUUUUACUGCCCUAUAGUGCGGCUCAGAGUCAAAGGAAUAAGGUCUGGAUGGAUGUUGAGGUGUCUUUGAACUAGGGAUCCAACACCUCAAGUAUACACACAUAAUUAGACACGUUCUUUACCAGAAGGCCGACCGUCAACGAUCGGGAGAGAUUUCAGUUUUGAUAGAUGAUGAAUGAAACACUUCAGAAUUCAGUUAAAUAUAUUUACUUAAAACUAGUUCUAAAUGACUAAAAGGUUUGAUUAACCAAUCCAAGUAAGGAAUGAUAUGGGAGUCAUUAGUAUGCAUGGAUUAAAACGGAACUGUUCCUCAAAAGCUAAGGAUAUGAAGGAAAUAUACAAAUUGAAGGGAUACUGCAAUCAACUGAAUGUUAUGUUAUUUUGUUAAAAUUUUUAGAUGAGAUUUUAUGGAAGGCUACCCUCACCCCUCACAUGUGUUAAGAGAGCUAAUGCAACCGGAUAAUCUGUACAUUAAAGUGAAAUACUUUUUCAACUUG